AUGACAACACUGGAGCGGAUGUCUUCAGUGGACCGUCCCCAGCCAUCAGUCACCAUUGCCGACCCUCCAAGCGGUGGUGGGACCAUCGUAUCGACCCGGAAUUGCGCUAAAUCCAUCAUCGACCGCAAGUUGCGGAAAUUCGCCUCCGAAACGAGCUUUGCCGCCACGGAAACGGCUUCAGAAUCGUCGUUGGAGAGGGAUGACGCCAAGAAGGUAUCACUUCGUACUCGCGUCUUCACCGUCAAGCCCGUCCCGAAGAUCAACGGCGUCGGCAAGAGGCAAAGGCACGAUUCGGAGGCCAGCAAUUCGAAUGGCAGCGAGGCUACGGUGGCCAGUGGAACCGGGACACCGAUCGGAAGAAAGGCUCAGUUUCGACGCCCGAAAAGCGUCUCGGAGAUGAACACCAGCUUCACGUCGGCCACGAUUCACUCGUUGGAGAGCCAGGGGCUACUCCCGGCCCACCAUACCGUAGAUGAACGUCGCCCGAGCAAUAUCUACGUGAUGGACGAUGACUCGGUGCACGAGUUUGACGAUAUGAAUGCACUAGAGACGCACAGAAAACCACGUCUUCGAGCAAUGGAGGCUGGACAUGUCCGAGUCGUCGUCACCGCCACCGAUUCGGUGACUGCCCAGGAGCCACCGCCGCAAGUCCGGAACGGUGGAUACGCCAGAAAACCGGAACCCAGGCUCCGAGCCCUGAACCGGAGGACCUCACACACCCUACUCUACGUCCCAGAUGCCAGAAGAGUAUCCACCACAUCCGGCGCAUCGAUUUCGAGCUGUCCGGCCGAGGUGUCAGAGCCAGAUGCCGGCGUGGGCAGCUCACAGCCAGAUUCGCGGGACCCGACUCGGCGAAAGUCCGUCCAAACCGGAGCCCCGGCUAUAGGAUUCCGGCCUGUUAGAGCGUUUGAGAGACGAAGCUCGCAGCCUACGCUGCAGCUCCAGACGAGGAACGGAAGCAGCCACGGCUCCCCAGCUAUCAGCGGAACGAGAAGAAGCUCCCGCCAAGUCGAAUUUAAUCUCGAGCAACCACCAUCUGAUACCGUCUCCACAUAUUCCCAGGGCCAGCACUGCGUCGUGAGGAACGUCCCGGAAUUGGACGAAUCCAUCGAUAGCAAGGCGAAACUCUUGAAUAAACGGGUCAGCUGGCUGUCGAUGAAGAGCCUCCAGGACCAGGUCGAACCGCUGUUGACCAUUAAAGGCAAAAUCCGGCGGACCAGCGGCCAAGGCAGCCCCACCACGGCCGCUACGCAACGCUACGACUCGCGAGCGGGCAGCGUCUAUGGGAGCGUCGCGCAGCUGGACGAUGCGAUCGAGCUGGAGAGUGACACUCCGCCCAUGGACACGUUGUCUUGGAAUUUUGCAGACGAGUACGACAACGUGACGUUGAUGUACGCAAAACAUGAGAAAAUCCCGAUGAAGGACUUUGGGUCCGAGAUCCGCGCCACGAUGGACAUUGAUCAUCUACUGAACAAGGCCGUGCUGCUGCUCGACUUGCAGGAGACGAGUCUCGAGGAGAUCUUUGCAAAAAUCAUCCACGAGAUGGAUAUCCAGGAGCCCGAGUUUACAUCCGAGCAGGUCAGAAGCGUGCUCUUCACCCAGGAUGCUGGAAAUCAAUUCCACAUCCUGUCCCGUACGGUCCAGAGCAUUUGCACAACCGGCACCAGCGGCGGCUCGUUCGACUAUGACCAGACGUGGAUUUGCGCUCUAUGUAUGCUAAACACCGUACAACACCGACACGUCGCCAUCGCCCGACUUUCCCAUCCGACAAAUCUUGGCAGGACGAUGCAGGAUCUACGAUUUAUCAUCAUCGUCAUCGCGCCGAGCAGAGCGAAAGGCACAAAAACGGCUCUGGAGACCACCCGAACAUUCGCGACCCUGUUCGCCGAUAUGGACAUCCGACAAAGGCUGGUGAUGGCGCAGACUGUCGAUCAGUUCAGAGCCACUCUCCUCUCCGCAGCCAAAGAACUGGCGAUGGAUCAGAACGAGUGGCGGGAGCGGAAGAGCAGCAUUCACCUCAGCCAGGCCAAGGAGCAUAUCUUCGGCCCGGGGCGGUGGUACCCGUUCCGCGGGCUGCUCGGCGAGUUCAAGCGCCGCUUGAAACACUACGGCAGCGACUAUGCUGACGGGUUAUUUGGGCACAAAACGAUACAGAAACUGUUCUCAACGGUGGUCUUUCUCUAUUUUGCCUGUCUACUCCCGGCCAUCGCCUUCGGUGUUCUCAACGAUGAUAAUACGGACGGGGGAAUCAAUGUGCGUAAAGUGAUCUUUGCUCAAGCGAUUGGAGGCCUUUUCUUUGCCGUCUUUGGCGGCCAGCCCAUGAUUAUAUUGCUCACCACGGUCCCGUUGGCCAUCUACAUUAAAGUAAUAUAUCGGAUAGCGCAAAGCCUCGGCUACGACUUUUUCGCCAUGUACGCGUGCGUCGGCAUAUUCUGCCAGCUAUUUUUGAUACUCUACUCGGCCACCGAGGUGUGCAGCUUGAUGAAGCUGGCCACCAGGUCGGCCGAGGAGAUGUUCUCACUAUUUAUCGCGAUCGCGUUCAUUGUGGAAAGUGUUCGAGCCGUUCAUGCAAGCUUCCAAAAGAACUACUUUGCGUGCUCAAACGACGAUACGCUCCGGAAUAUCACGACUACAGCGUAUAACACGACCGUCGAGACAAUGCGGGAAUGCCGACGCGACACGUCCGUCUGCUACAUGUUGUUAAUGUUGGGAACACUGUGGCUGGGGCUGUUUUUGUAUAAUUUCCGGAAGACGCCGUACUUGACGAGGGCCCGACGAGAGUGGCUGGCCGACUACGCGCUGCCGGCCUCGGUUUUGAUCAUGACCUUCGCCGGGGCGUAUAUUUUUAAGGAAAUUGACAAGGACAUGUUCAACAUGCGCGACGAGGUGCCGCUGAUCCGCGUGGCCGACAUCUUUGCUCUCCCGUGGCAGGCGUACUUCAUCUGCUUGGUGUUAGGCUUGUCUCUCUCCUUCCUCUUCUUCAUCGACCAGAACAUCACGUCGGCGAUAGUCAACAACCCGCAGAAUAAACUGAAAAAGGGCCAAACCCAAAAUCUCGACCUGUUCGUCGUGGCCGUGCUGAACAUGUUCCUCUCGCUGGUCGGUUUGCCGUGGAUGCACGGUGCCCUUCCCCACUCGCCACUUCAUCUACGAGCCCUGGCCGACGUCGAGGAGCGGGUAUCGCAAGGACACGUUCAUGAAGUAAUUAUGAACGUGCGAGAGACGAGGGUGGCCACGAUGUUCGCGCAUUUUCUCAUCCUGUUGUCGACGUUUUAUUUGUUGCCCUACCCGUUACGGUGGAUCCCGACAUCGGUGCUCCACGGUCUCUUCUUGUACAUGGCGCUGACGUCGCUUACCGGCAAUGAAAUGUUCGAGCGGUUGCUGCUCCUCAUCACCGAGCAGCAAGCCUACCCGCCCACCCAUUACAUUCGGAAGGUCCCGCAGCGAAAGGUCCACCUCUUCACCGGCUGCCAGCUUUUCCAGUUGGUAAUCCUGUGCGCGUGCGGCUUCUCCCCGUACCCGUUCGUCGAGAUGGUCUUCCCCGUCGUCUGCAUCCUAUUCCUGCCGAUACGGCACACCCUGAUCCCGCGUAUCAUCGACUACAAGUACCUGGAUGCCCUCGACGGCAAGCAU